AAGGCCAUGGAUGCGAGCACGACGCUCUUUGUGGCCGUGUCCGCGAUAAUCUUUCUUGCUGUGGCGCUGAAACAGCUCCUCUCAGGCCUUACCCUCACGCCGCAGCUGAAGAAUGAGAGGGCCGCGGCACGGCUGCCGCCGGGAAGCACGGGUCUGCCGCUGCUCGGCGACAUGCUGCGGCUGAUCUCCGCGUACAGGCUCCCGAACCCAGACCUCUUCAUCCACGAGCGCAUCGUGGCGCGGCACGGCGCCAUGUCCACCACUCACCUGCUCGGCGAGCGCGCCGUCUUCUCGGCUGACCCGUCCUUCAACCGCCUCGUCCUCAGCGGCGACGGCCGCGUCGUCGACACCAGCUACCCCUCCUCCGUCACCACGCUCCUCGGUGCCCGCUCCGUGCUCGUCACCCGCGGCCCCACCCACAAGGGCCUCCACGCCCUCGCCCUCGCCCGGCUCGGCUACCCCGCGCUGCCGCCCCUCGUCGCGCGCGUCGACCGCCUCGUCCUGGCAGCCGUGGCCCAGUGGGAGCCAGCUGGCGCGGCCGUCCGCCUCGUGGACGAGGCGAGGAAGAUCGCCAUGAGCGUCAACGUGCAUCUGCUCGGCAUCGAGCCCGGGCCGUGGUCGGAGAGCCUCCGCCGCGAGUUCAACGCGAUAAGCGACGGCUUCGUAUCCUUGCCCUUCCCGUUGGCCUCGCUUCUCCCUUUCACAACCUACGGCAAGGCCCUCAAGGCGAGGAAGAAUGUUGCUUUGGCGCUGCAGGAGGUGGUUAGGAAGAGAAUGGACGAGAAGGCGAUGGAUGCUGGCGCAGAUGGGGAAACGGCGGCGGGCAAGAAAGGGAAGAAGGACAUGGUGGACCUGCUUCUUGAAGCAGAUGGUGGGAGCUUCUCCAUGGAGCAAAUGGUGGAUUUCUGCGUGAAUCUGCUGGCUGCUGGGUACGACACGACGUCGCUUACCAUGACACUUGCUGUCAAGUUCCUCACCGAGACACCAACCGCGCUCGCACAACUCCGGGAAGAGCAUGACAGUAUCAGAAAAGGCAAAGGCGAAAACCAAUCCCUGGAAUGGAGCGAUUACCAGUCUAUGGCAUUUACGCAAUGUGUGAUAAAUGAGACGCUCCGUGUGGGUAACAUUGUUAACGGGGUAUUGAGGAGAGCAAACACCGAUAUUCAUUUCAAAGAUUAUAUUGUUCCAAAAGGCUACAAGAUCUUCGUCUCAUUCGGAGCUGUGCACCUUAGCAGUGAACACUAUGAGAACGCUCGGACCUUUCACCCUUGGAGAUGGCAGAGCAAGAACAGUAAAGUUCAGGACGUGCCAGCAUCCAACCUGUUCACUCCCUUUGGUGGUGGCCCUCGUCAGUGCCCAGGCAAUGAGCUUGCGCGAGUUGUUAUCUCGGUUUUCCUCCAUCAUCUUGUAACGCGCUUUAGCUGGGAUGAAGCUGAGGAAGACAAGGUUGUCUUCUUUCCUACCACUCGAACUCUCAAAGGAUACCCCAUCAAUGUGCGGCUGCGAUCUGGCUCUAUUAGCUGACCUCUCAAAAAGGAUUCCAGCUAGUCUUGCAAUAUAAAUAGUAAUAACGAAGCAGGGAGAGAGAAAUUGUUGCUCCGUGCCGCAGUUUACCAAGGGACUAAACGGAGCUACUAGAGAGAACUCGUGUAGAGAAGAGAGAAGGGGAGAAUGUCACGUCAAGUUUCAUGAUUUCUACAAAGAGUGGGAGGAUGAAGGGUGCCAUUUAUUAGGCAUGACCACCUUGUAAUUGUGAUUCAAAACAUAACCAUACGUACCGACUGCUUAUCCAUGCGUUUUUCGGGUUUAGUAAGCCAGCAUAGCAAUACCUUAAUAGGCAUGGAUCAAGACACUAUGUACUACACCCAAGAGAUAACUCUGCUCAUUAGCCAUAACACGCACACUAAUUAAUUUGCACGGCAGGACAUGAUAUAUAUAGGACGAGUUUUUUC